GGCCGGGCCAACACUACAAGCAAUAAUUUUGCCCUAGGUGACGAGCAUCAACGGAACUUCACACCCAACAACGCCGCCCCCGAAAGGUAAAGUAAUUGGGCAACAACAAACUUCGUAGCCGACACGAGGUUUGGUUUCUUUCUUCUUUUUUCUCCAUAUCCGGCUUUCCCACAUACCACCGCCAGAAUGUCGAGCUUCGAGUCGGUUGUCGUCAUCGACGGCAAGGGCCAUCUGCUGGGUCGUUUGGCCAGCAUUGUCGCCAAGCAGCUGCUUGAGGGCCAGAAGAUCGUUGUCGUCCGCUGCGAGGCCCUGAACAUCUCUGGCGAGUUCUUCCGCGCUAAGCUCAAGUACCACGCCCACCUGCGCAAGAUCACCCGUUACAACCCGACACGAGGUGGUCCCUUCCACUUCCGCGCCCCGUCCCGCGUCUUCUACAAGGCCGUCCGUGGCAUGAUGCCCCACAAGACUGCCCGCGGAACCGCCGCCCUUGAGCGCCUUAAGGUCUUCGAGGGUGUCCCCCCUCCCUACGACAAGCAGAAGAAGAUGGUCGUUCCCCAGGCUCUGCGUGUCCUUAGACUGCAGCCCGGCCGCAAGUACUGCACCGUCGGCCGUCUGAGCCACGAGGUUGGCUGGAAGUACCAGGACGUUGUUGCCAGGCUGGAGGAGCGGAGAAAAGCAAAGGCUGGUGCCUACUACGAGCGCAAGAAGUUGGUCGCUCGCCAGCGCAGCGAGUCGAAGAAGACCGCGAACGUCGACAAGAAGACGGCAGAGACCCUCCAGGCCUACGGUUACUAGGCUUUUGUGUGAUCUGCUCUUUUAUGUUGUUAUUUUCGCGUACUCUUCAAUUAGACUGGUUGGUUUGCGGCGGCUCAAGGGAAACAUUUGCAAAACAUUCACCUGCGAUGGGAAGGCAUAGGGAUAGGGGAAAAGGCUUUUGUCUCUGUUAUCAGGUAUUCCUCGAUGGAGGGAGGGGAGGCUCUAUACCAGCAUACCCUUUGGACUGAACACAACAAACAAAAAAAGCCAAAAAAGCAAAACCCCAUGGAGAUGAAUCAGCAUGAUGGGACACACGAUUUCUACUUCUUAACAAGGGAUCAUCAAGGCGCAAUGGCAUUUCGACUUUGGGGUCAAUUGAGGAGUUAAUCAAGUUCUAGCUUCUGUUCACAUUGACGCUCGCUGUGCAAGUGUGGAUGUAUUUUUCAGGACAU